UAGCCGCGACAUUUUGUCCCCGUCUCGGCACAUUUGCGUCUUGCGUCACCGAGCUUUAGCCGUGGCUGUCUCAUGGUUUCGCCGAAUACUGACUGAAAGUCAGGCGGAGGUCGGUUGGAUGCGCGUGGCCGCCGGACGGGAGGCGCCAUGAGUGCGGAGUUGGAUGCGCUGGCGGUGGUGAACCAGCUGCGGGACCUUGCCGCAGACCCCCUCAACCGCAGGGCCAUCGUAGAGGAUCAGGGAUGCUUACCCGGGCUCAUUCUUUUCCUGGACCACCCCAACCCGCAGGUGGUCUAUUCUGCACUGCUGGCCGUGCGCUACCUGGCGGAAUGUCGAGCCAACAGGGAGAAGAUGAAGGGCGAGCUGGGCAUGAUGCUGAGUUUGCAGAAUGUCAUGCAGAAGAGCACGUCGCCCGGUGAAACCAAACUGCUGGCCUCGGAGGUCUACGAGAUCUUCCAGUCGGCUGGGAAGGAGGAAGCCGAGCAGGCAGAGGCGGCCGCCACCUCCUGCCGACGAAAGGCUCAGUUCUUCCUGGGCUCCAACAACAAGAGAGCCAAGACGGUCGUGCUGCACAUCGACGGACUGGACGACUCGACCCGCAGGAGCCUCUGCGAGGAGGCCUUGCUGAAGAUCCGGGGAGUCAUCAGUUUCACUUUCCAGAUGGCCGUCAAGAGAUGCGUUGUGAGGAUCCGCUCCGACCUUAAAGCUGACGCGCUGGGCACAGCCAUCAACUCCACCAAAGUGAUGAAAGCCCAACAGGUGUUGAGGACGGAGGACGGGGGAGAGCUGUUCAUGCCAUUCCAAGAGGACGGCGAGGGCGCCUCGGCGGUGGAGGAGAACACGGACAUUCCAGACUACCUGCCCGAGGAGGAGAGUCCGUCACAGGAUCCGGACAAGGCGGUGACGCGCAUGGGCUCCGUCGCGGACGGAAUGGGCUGGCUCAACACGGCCGCCAACUUCCUGACUCGCUCUUUCUAUUGGUGACCCCGCCAACCCCCCCCCUCCUCCCUCUCCAUACCACCAUACGAAGUGGGCUCAGCCUGGACUUAAUACACACACACACACACACACAAACACACACUCAGCGCUACAGCGUGUGUGUAUAUUAAGCGUACGCUAGUCGCUGUAUAUCCCCAAACUCCAGGACUUGAGAUCAGCUGACACGAAGGACGCUUGUUCCGUUAAGUUGGGAGAUGAUUUUUUUUUUGGUGCAUGACACACACCCUCCUCCCCCUUUCCGGGAUAUUUAUCAUACUAAUACUUUCACACUUCAGUUUUUUUAUUAUUAGCAUGCAUUAGUGCCAAUCCCCCCCCCCCCCCAAAGCUUUUUGGGCCCUUUUUUUUUUUUUUUUUGGGUGCCUUUAUUUUUUUUUUUUGAGGGGGAAAUUUCUCUGUAAUUAUUAUUUAUUCAUUGUUGGAGUAUCCUUAAAGAGCGCAGAACAUGUGGCUUUUUUCCCGUCAGUUUUAGUCCUCCUGGGGUCCGAAAGGUAAUAAUAAUAAGACUAAUAAAUAGGAGCGAACAAAGGUGUAUUUUUUCGGUUGGGAGAAUUUGGGCUGGUUUCAGUUGCGCAGAUCAAACAAUUAAAAACUACAUUGAAUAAAAUGGCCAUUUAUUGUAUUAUCUUAAUCAUAAUUAAAAUAACUGAUGUGAAUUAAAAUUAGAAUACAUUUUUUGGUGCUCAUUUCAUUCCCCUCAUCUAAAUUUCAAAGAUAAAAAAUAUAAGAUAAUUUGUUAAAAAAAAUGUAAAUUAAAUCGCGGUACUUUUUGGGGGCGACUUGUUUUAAUUUGAAUGUAAUGUAUUUUUUAUUUAAGUAUAAAUUUAUAUUCAAAAAAAAAAUCUAAACAUAACAAGUCAAUGACAUUUUGUGGGCAGUUUCAUAACGGUUCCUCUGAUGGUGAAACACCCCAAAUAAAAUACAUCAUAAACAUUUGUUGGAUCGCAUUAAUUUCUCCCCUCAAAAUGGCCCCUUAUCGAAAAAGCGAGAGUAUCCCGAUACCACGCGUUCAUAUUAGUCUCGUGUACAAUUUGUCAAUGGUGCUUGACCCCCACCUAAAUCAUCUUACAACAUUCUGUCCCGUUUUGUUUUGGUUUUUGCGAGUCACUCAACAACAACAACUACAAAAAAAAAAAAAAAUGGGAUCUGUGAUGCCAAAAGUGCUUACCUCACAUCCCAGGUUGACCUGUUAUCUACCCGGCAUCACGUCUCUCAUAAUUAACGUCCCGCACACAACAAACCCUGCACAGUGCAGUGCUGACUAGGCCACUUGUCUCGUCUCUUGUUAGUCGAGGUCGUAACGCUGCGGCGUGACCUUAAUCCGGCGGCGGCGGCUACUUCCUGGUCAAGCUUUUUUUUUUUUUUUUUUUUUUUUUAACAUUGCGUUCCUGUGAUUUUCAUUUUAUUUUAUUUUUUGGGGGGCGGGGGUCUAUUAAUCAUGCUCACGUGUUGCUCAGUGUCCUCAUAUUACAUCCGAACGGUAGAAAUGUACAGACGUCCACCCGUGUAACAUACUGUAAUGCUCAUUCCUGUCUAAUAGACCAUAAACUUCAAAUUCAA